AUGGAGGCAACUCCCAAGGUUCACCCUAAUUUAUGGAAACCAAGGAGUGGCUUAGAGCUGAUGAACAAUGACCUUCCCAGCACCAACCCUGAAGACUCUAUGUCUUGCUUUGAUUUGUCCAAGAAUGAAAAAUAUCUUAUAUCAGCAACAGGAGGGGUGAUCUCCAUUUUUGACAUGACAACAUUUAAGGUUACAAGGAAGCUUGAGGGUCACUCCAAAAGAGUCACUAGCCUUGCCUUCUCGAACACUCUGAAUAUUUUUGUGUGGGAAAAACAGAGAAGCAAAUUGUUGCAGAUUCCAGAUGGGAAGGAGUUGAGAUCAUUGUCAGAUACUUACAUCCAAAUUCACCAGAAUGAGCUGCAUCUCCUUGCCAUAAACAAGACUCACCUUGCAGUAUAUGAAGUGAAAGCUCUAGCAUGUGUUUAG